AUGGGUAAAUACGCCAAAUAUAAGAAGUUGUACAAAGCAGAUUGGGAAUCUCAAACAGAGUUCAGAGCUAGUUCAUUAAAAGAAGACCUAAUUGAAGACAUUGGAGACAGCCCAUUUUCCCUUAUUUUAGACGAGUCCACAGAUGUAUCCACCAUAAAAUACCUGUGCCUUUGUGUUAGAUACUUCAGCCAGACAAGAAAGAAGAUUGAUACUUAUUUUUUGGGAAUUAUCCCAAUUGAUAAGGCUACAUCUGACAUUUUAGCAGAAGAAAUUAAACAGUACUUAAACAAUAUUGGUUUAAAUUUAAAUAAAUUAAUAGGAUUAGGUACAGAUGGGGCAAAUAACCUUUGUGGUAAACAUCAUUCAGUUUUUACCAUUCUUAAGGAAUCUGUUCCACAACUUCAAUUGGUCAAAUGUGUGGCUCAUUCACUCCACUUGUGCUGUUGCAAAUCAGCAAAUGUUUUGCCUAGUGCAAUUGAUUUUUUAUGUAAAGAAAUAUUUAACUGGUUCAGCAAUAGUGCCUUGAGAAGAGCCGCUUUUAAAGAAACCUUUAACCUAAUAAAUAUUAAUGGAGGUAGUAAAUUUCAUAAUUUUAUACAACUUUCAGAUACUAGAUGGCUAGCUAGGGCUAAUGUUUUAAAGGUUAUUAUAGAUCAAUGGGUUGAACUAAGGUGUCAUUUUAAUACUAUUAAAGUAAAUGAAAAAACCAUAUGGCUAGAAUUAUAA